AUGAAGGUUCACUCAUUGUUAAACUCUGAUCCGCCGGCGCAGCCAUCCUCUACACCAUCAGCUCGGCGUCCUCAGCAACCAGCGCCUCCGCCUUUACAACCCCCACAAACUCCACAAACUCCCCAAUUUCCGUUCCAGUCGGGAGAGUAUUCGCAUCCGCAUUCGCAGCCCCAGUCACCUUAUUUCUCUUCUCCAACCUCAGCCACUCGGCAGUUCCCCCCCCCUCCACCGCCGUCUCCACACGCGCAGCAACAACAUCAUCACCAGCAGCAGGGUUAUGGUCAAUCGCCAUCGACUCCUCAUCCGCUGGGUGCAGCAUCUAGACAUAGUGCUACGCCAACAAGCUCUGUGUCCUCACCGUCUCUAAAUCAAUUUCCUCCGGGUCAGCAUCACCAAUAUGACCACACACAGCAACAGCAGCAAAUACCACUGCUGCACCAGCACCAACAACAUCAUAACCCUCCACCAUCAUCUCACCAUUACCACUCCCCACAUCAACAGCAGCACCCGCACCCGCAUCCCAAUCAAGGGUACCCUCGUCAGUCUCCUCUAGCUUCACCAAUUGGGGGGAGGCCUCUUCUGGGGCGCCCGUCGAGCAACAGCAUCAGUGUUAACGAAAGAUCUACGCCAACCAUUACGCCACCAGUACCUAGGGAUCAACGGGAUAAAGAAAGGGAGAGGGCUCGGGAGAACAGGGGGGGGGCGGAAAGGAAGAGAAUUGAGGGGAGUGAAAGGGCUGGGAGGGGACGGGAACAGUGGGAAAGAGAACAGCGAGAUAAGGAACAACGAGAUAGGGAUAGGGAAAGUGAGCGGGAGCGGGAACGAGAGAGAAGGGAGAGAAGAGAGAGGGAGAUAGACAUAAGUGUUAGUCCAAAGACGAAACUUCCUCCCUAUUCGCCAGCGGAAGAUGCUGCUCCAGAUAGUGGUGGGUAUGUAGGAUCAAGGUCUAAUUCACAGCAUCUUCCGGACGGGCCCGGCGGUUACGCGAGGCGCGAUUCCUCCGUUGUGGCGACCCCAAGUCAAGAGCGGAGGAGUGUCGACAUGAUGGACUUGGACGGAGGAUCAGGCGUAACUCCAGGACCUGUUUUAGGCCCUGGGCAGAAAUGGGGAAGCCCCGUUGCGGAACGAGCGAAACCUAAUGGUGCUGUAAGCGUUGAUGGCAGGGAUAGCCAAGGUCCGCACCACCUGGCACCACAACAACAACAACCACAACCCACUCAACCGCAACCACAACUACCAUCCAACCCCAACAGCAAUAGCAAUCCCUCUCAGCAACCUCCGUCCCAACCUUCUUCGGGCGCGUCUUCACAAAGAACAUCGACCGUUUCUCCUAGCAAUAAGGAGCAGCCUCAUCCACCGCCCUCUUCAUUAACUCUACAAACGAAAAAGUCGACCCCGACCCCGACCCCGGCCCCACCGAGCAUCAACUCUCGGCAUCCUCCGCCCCAGCCGCCAUCGAGCCCAAGAGCUACGCAACAGCUGGGUCCGCCGCCCGCGCCAUCCCAUAAUCCAACGAUCGUGGAGGGGGGUAACAGCGGCAGUCCCGGGUCGUCCGGGCCUCCCAAGAAAAGGGCUCGAAGGGAUGAGACCCCGAUCUGGGCAAGAAAAGCCAGUCGAAGCUCUAGCAGUAGCCCCGUGUUGCCGAAUAGGAGACAACCGAGCAGUGCAAAUCAGCAUCAACCCCCUCAGCAACAGCAACCACCGCCGCUUCCGCCACCACCUCCUCCUCCACAGCAGCAUCAGAGGCCCCCUCCGGCAAGUGGAUCUACACCUCGUUGUGUUCCAUGCUUUGGGGCCUGGGAGCCUUCUAUAUGCAACACGGAGCCUUAUGAAGAGUUGACGAGGGAGGUUGCGAAUUUCUUGUUUAGUCAAGUUGUGUGUCAAAACGAUCCAGCACUCGCUCCAUCAGGGGGGGAUGGUCCGGUUGUCAUGAUUGAGAUCGAAGCAAAGAUUGGCCAUUUGAUUGACAAGGAGCAAGGCGAGAGAUUGAAACUUCCGGUCGUCACGGAAACAGUGCUGAACGUCGACGAACCGGGAUGGAAAAUCCAAUUCAAGAGCAGCAUGACCGAGGUAAGAUUAUUUAUUUGUUAUCAUCUGCCCCUUCGCGUGAUGCGGUUUUGUAUUUGCAUUUCCAUCACUGCAUAUGGAUUGCGGCAGAGGCUGACUACACCGCAGGCACAGCACAAGCGCCUCAACCUAUUCCUCAACCGACAAUUCCACGAAUCCAAGGGACCCCCUCCUCCCGGCAUGCCACCAUCCCCAUCAUCCGAACACCCGAAUGAGAAUUCCCGACCGCCCACAGGGCCCCAGCGUAUCCCAAUGGACUACGUGCACACCCGUGAGAGAGAUACUUUUUUCGAACUCCCGCCGGACAAGUUUCAAGCACUCCCCAACAUCCUGCGCUCACAUAUGCGACACAAGCCCAAAGUACGUGUGACGUUUGACCAGACCGGAAAGGUUAUCAACAAGAUCAUCAAGACGAGAAUCGCAGAUCUCAACGUUUAUUCACCAAAGACCGUAUUUGAUUGGCGGGUUAGCGCGAAUAUCGAAAUGCCGUACCCGGGUGACAUUGAUGGGUUACAGCCUUCGAGCGAUAGAGGCGGCGGAGACAGAAACAAGGAUAGGCUAAGCUACCGCCAUUUAGCCUACCAAAUCGAUCUUACCCAGGUUACGGAUGUAAGUUUUGAAUCCCCUGAUUGAUGUGGUGUGAUGUCAUUCUGACAAAACAUUAGAAUACCGCGAAGAAAGAACACGAGCUUGAGGUUGAAGUGUCCGGGCAGGAAAUCAUAAGACACGGAAAUCUAGUAAAGGAGAGUAAGCCGAAUGCCUAUGUGUCUCUGGUUCGUGGGUUUGUGGAUAACGUCCGGGUUCUCAUCAGAGCUAUUGAGCCAUAAUACUAUCGAGAGAGCAGGAAGGAUAAUCAAAAUGUUGGAUUGCCUUCUUUUUUUUCCCUUUCUUUUUUUUUUUUUUUUUUUGCUUUCCCAUUCCACGGCUUCAAGUUUGUCGUGGGUUUUUCACUGUACACAAUUAAUUUUUUGUUCAUUUUCUUUUCCCUACUCUCAUUCCUUCUUCCCUCUGGUGCUUAGUGUGUGACCCACGGGAUACCUUCUUUUGUAUUUGCUGGGAGGGAAGUUUCUCAAUCCCAUUUCUCUUUCUUUUUCUUACGCAACAGCUUGUAUUGUACUAUUCUGCUUGAUGUACACUGUACUCUCUUCCAUCUAUUCGUUCCUGCCCCGGUAAUCUUUCUUUUGCAAACACGAAAAAAGCCAAAAAGUUCUCUAUUUGCUGUGGCUUAGGGGAGGGCUAUUAGCAUUAUGAUAUCAAGUUUUUAUAUUUAUUCCUUCCUUUUUCCUUCUUAUUUUCUCCUUUUCCCUUUUGUCAUACCUCUCUUUUUCUUUUCAUUCCAUUCCAUUUCCUUGUUCCUGAUCGUGUCUAUAACCAAGUAGGGCGGCGGAAUUCUGAUUUUCGUGAUACAGUUGCUGCCCCCUCCAUUGUUCCAUAUAUACGGCGCAUUUCUUCUUUUUCUUGGGCGUGCGCGAAAAGCCCAUUUCUUAUGUACACCCCUCCCUCCCUUCCGAAAAUAAUCACAACCCAUCAUUCAUACCCCU